AAAAAUAUAAAAAUUUUGUAAAAUGCAAUCAAAUAAAAGUCUUAUCAAAAUUCUAUUUUAAAAUGAUCGACUUUUUAUUAAUUUUAUCCUAUACGAAAUGUACAAUUAAAUUACUGUCAUAGUGGAUAUAGAUUUUCAUGUAUUAUUUCGUUAACAUUUAUUUAUAUGUAUACGUAUAUAUAUAAUAUUAAAAAGGGUGUCGAAACUAUUUCCCAGCAUUAGUACGAACUGUUCCACCAUACUUGUCACAAGGUUGUACAAUUGCGGAGACUUGAAGAAAUGGCGACUCGUCUGCUUAAAGUUAGCUCUGCACUGCGGGCUUAUUCUAACAACACCAGCCUCGUAAAGGUACCAAAGCAAUGGCAAUCUACAUCAGCAUCAUUAAAAGAAAUAUUGCUGAACCAACCACCAACACAAGUUACGACUUUAGAUUGUGGUAUGAGAGUUGCUACUGAAGACAGUGGAGCACCAACAGCCACAGUUGGACUAUGGAUUGAUGCUGGCAGUCGUUUUGAAACUGAUGAAAACAAUGGAGUUGCCCAUUUUAUGGAGCACAUGGCUUUUAAGGGAACUACUAAACGUUCACAAACUGACUUAGAAUUAGAAAUUGAAAAUAUGGGAGCUCAUUUAAAUGCAUACACAAGCAGGGAGCAAACAGUAUUUUAUGCCAAAUGUCUGGCAGAAGAUGUUCCAAAAGCUGUUGAAAUUUUAAGUGAUAUCAUUCAAAAUUCAAAGCUUGGUGAGAAUGAAAUUGAAAGAGAACGUGGUGUUAUUUUAAGAGAAAUGCAGGAAGUUGAAACAAAUCUACAAGAAGUUGUUUUUGAUCAUUUACAUGCCAGUGCAUAUCAGGGUACACCACUAGGAAGAACAAUCCUUGGCCCCACUAAUAAUAUUAAAAAAAUUACAAGAAAUGAUCUUGUUCAAUAUGUUAAACAAUACUAUGGUCCACCUAGAUUCAUUUUAGCUGGUGCAGGUGGUGUAAAUCACAAUGCAUUAGUAGAAUUAGCUCAGAAACAUUUUGGUCAAAUGAAAGGGCCAGUCUAUGAUGAAAUUCCUCCUGUAUUAACACCAUGUCGUUACACAGGAUCAGAAAUAAGAGUUCGCGAUGAUAGUAUUCCUCUCGCACAUGUUGCCAUUGCUAUUGAAGGUGCUGGUUGGGCUGAUCCAGAUAACAUUCCUCUUAUGGUUGCGAAUACCCUUAUGGGAGCAUGGGAUCGUAGCCAAGGAGGAGGUGUAAACAAUAUAAGUUACUUGGCUGAAGCUUCUGCACAUGACGGAAUAUGCCACAGUUAUCAAAGUUUCAAUACUUGUUAUCAAGACACAGGUCUUUGGGGUGUAUACUUUGUGUCUGAUCGAAUGGAAAUUGAAUGGUUUAUAUACAAUUUGCAACGUGAAUGGAUGCGAUUGUGCACAUCAGUGACUGAAAAAGACGUAGAGCGCGCGAAGAACAUUCUUAAAACAAAUAUGCUUCUUCAAUUAGAUGGAACAACUGCUACUUGUGAAGAUAUCGGCCGACAAAUGCUUUGUUAUAACCGACGCAUACCACUUCACGAAUUUGAAGCUAGGAUAAAUAGUAUAACUGCCUCGAAUAUUCAUGAUAUUGGUAUGAAAUACAUUUAUGAUCAAUGUCCAGUGAUUGCUGCAGUUGGACCAGUUGAAAAUUUACCAGAUUAUAAUACUAUUCGUGCUAGCAUGUACAGAUUACGAGUGUAAAAUAUUUUCAUCAAUAAAUUUAGAACAAGCAACAAUUGACAAAGAAUUUAGCAAAAAAUUUAGAUUAA